AUGAACGUUAACAAGGUUUCGCGAUGGAGUCCUUUCCGUCGGCAUGGGCUGGGUGGACGGACUGUGGAAGUGGAAGAGAGGGAUGAUGCGGCUGCAGAUGCGAAUACGAUACCCGUGACUGCGGCGAAAACGAACUCGAAAUCGAAGACUUGGGAGACGACAGUUGAGAGGGUUGAGAGUUGGCCUGAGGAAGCUAGGCCGUUGAAAGCUCAUACCUGGUUGACUUGGCUCUAUGCAUUUGGGGACCUCUUACUGGUAUUACUACCGUUGUACUUUAUUCUUCUUGGUGUGGCUGUAGUCACCCUCAAUGGAAAACCGACUCGAGGCUCUACAUUUGGGUCCAAGGUGGAAACAGCUAUGGAUCUUGGUCCUACAAUGUUUCCCAUUGUGUUUGCUGCCAUAACCGGAAGGAGUAUGAAAAUGAUCGCCCGGUUCCUUGCAGAAAGAGGAUCUAGAAUCAGCACGUUGGAGCUGCUCAUGGCAAGCCAGUCUGUUUGGGGUACUCUCGAAAGUCAAAUGUUGAUGCAACGACUUACAGUGGUUGGAGUGAACCUUCUAUUCCUGUGGGCUCUUUCACCACUGGGUGGUCAAGCUUCGCUUCGACUAAUGACUAGGGACAUGAAAGACUCCCAUACGUCUGGGAAACUUCGAUACAUGACCACUGGGCCAGCAGCAACCAUGUGGGGUCUAUCCUCAACCUACAUUGACAGCGGGAAGUUCGCUGACGCCGGAGCGCUCUAUACUGCAGCAUUAAUGGCACCACUAUCCACAAAGCUAGGAAGUCAGGAUCCCUGGGGCAAUGUCAAAAUCCCAACCGUGGAGGCAAUGAACUCAUCUGCGCUAACACCUGAUGGCUGGUAUACUGUACCUGCAGACGCAUCGUUGCCAGAGGAUUAUUCUUCCUUAGUUGGCCUUCCUAUCGUUGGCCUUCCAUCCCACAAGAGCUCGAACUUCAGCCUCCAGUACACUUAUCUCUCAUUAGACUGCCAGCCCUGGAAGCAAGCGCCUUAUCCUGCACUUAACGGUAGAGAUGAUUACUUUACCACCAACUCCACCAGGCUAGAAGAGCUGGUGCCCGGUCAGGUGUGGGACGACAAAGAGGCGCACAAUCCAUUUGGUAACGCCAGCGCAGAAGAUCGCAACUCUUUCUUCAUGGAUACAACCCGUAGUUAUCCAUGGGGCGUCAAAGAGGGAGACGAUGGUGAUCUUUAUAUGGGUCGCCUGAACGGGUUCUUUGGCAACUACAACAGCUCUCUCAUGCUUGAAAAGGAGCUUACCACCAACCGAGACCUUUUGUUCGUUUCGCAGUACGCAACAACCCACGACGAAAAUGGGAUUGGACUGAACAUUGCGACUUGUUCAUUAUCACAAACCCAUGUGGAAGCACUCGUACGAUGCAAAGGGAACGCUUGUGCUACGACCAAGCUUCGAAAGUCUCUUGAAGACAAUCGCUCCACAUCACUCACUGGACUUGAACACGGUACGAUUAUGUUUGGAUUUGCGAAGCAGUUCCCUCGCGCAGUGAAAUUCACGGCUGGAUCGAGUCCCACUGAACGCUUCUUGGCCAACACCUCGGUCUUUCCCUUCGUACAGCAAGUGGGUUCCUUACCUUCCGAUGUCAUGUUUACGAACCUUUCACUGGUGUCUCCUGAUGUGUUUUCCAAAAGACUCAGUCUGGCAAUGAACACUUUUUAUCAAUUGAGUAUACAGCCGACGGGUUACUUUGGCAGCUUACCGACGAACCUGUCGCUUUAUGGGCCAGAUACGAACACAUUCGAUGAUAUCAACGCCUAUCUUCCGAAAAACUUGACGGCUACAGAACACACCUUCACCGAAUGGUGGCCGGCGUUCGAUGAAGUAGUACAAGACAUCAAGUCGCCAUUCAUUGGAGCGACGACAACGGCCGAUAUCACCACGACAGAGCAGAUCUUCGUCUGCAACUUUGCCUGGCUUGCACUUCUGCUUGUCGCGUCCACCAUCACCCUUGUGACGGGCAGUGUAGCGUUGGUCUUGAAACGCAAAACAUUAGGACCAGAGCUCUUUGGGUUCGUCACCAGCAUGACCUACGAAAACCCUUGGGUCAAGGUACCCGAUGGAGGUACUAUGCUUGAUGCCAUGGAAAGAGCGAGACUCUUGAAAGACGUUGAAGUAUGCGUUGCCGACGUGCGUGGCAACGAUAACGUCGGUCACAUCGCUUUUGCUGCCGGUGUUCCCUUGCGCAAACUAGAGCGAGGACGUCUCUAUUGCUGA